GAUAAGAUCAUGCUUCUGUUAGUGAAAUUGCUGAUGCUGAUGCUCCUAUUGCAAGUUACGGUGGAGGCGAGAAAAAAGCAAAAAGCGAAAAAUGCGAAAAUUAUCGAAUUCUUUAUACCUGGUCUUAAUAAACCUGAUCUUGGUCACGCUGAAUGCAACUGGAAAUGCGCAAGAAAAUAUAAGUGCCGGGGAGGCUACAUCGACAGCAACAGACACUGGAAUUGUGUAUGUAACUGUUGAUCAUAGAACAAGCAAGGACGAAUUUUGAAACAGUCAUCCCUUGUUGAAAACGUCUACAUAAACACUUUGGCAUCUACAUAUGAGUUUACUGGAUAACAUUUGUAAUUCAUUUCGAAAGAUAGUUCUACUCUACU